AUGGUUUCUGCCAAGAAGAAGGAGAUGGUGACAGCGAUGCGUCCCGCUUCCAUUCGGACCCUCUUCUACUUUUUCUGUUUGGCGACUUGUGUAAAGAAAACCACUGGACAGACAAGGAAGGAUGAAAGGAUCUAUCCAGAGAAUUUCACUCGCAUUUUAGACCGACUUCUGGACGGUUAUGACAACAGGCUGCGACCUGGAUUUGGGGGUCCUGUGACUGAGGUCAAGACAGACAUUUAUGUGACAAGUUUUGGGCCUGUGUCAGAUGUUGAAAUGGAAUACACAAUGGACGUGUUCUUUCGUCAGACGUGGGUGGACCGGAGGUUGAUGUACGAGGGUCCGAUAGAGAUUUUGAGGCUGAACAACUUGAUGGUGACUAAAGUGUGGACGCCAGACACUUUCUUCAGGAACGGCAAGAAGUCAGUGGCUCACAACAUUACGGCCCCAAACAAACUCUUCCGCAUCAUGAAGAAUGGCACCAUUCUCUACACCAUGAGGUUGACUAUUAGUGCCGAAUGUCCCAUGAAGCUCGUGGACUUCCCCAUGGAUGGACAUGCAUGCCCCCUCAAGUUUGGAAGCUAUGCCUAUCCCAAAACAGAGAUGAUCUAUACUUGGACCAAAGGGCCUCAGCAUUCAGUGGAGGUCCCCCCUGAGUCCUCCAGCCUUGUUCAGUAUGAUCUCAUCGGCCAGACGGUCUCCAGUGAAACGAUCAAAUCAAUCACAGGUGAAUAUGUGGUGAUGACGGUCUACUUCCAUUUGAAACGUAAAAUGGGCUACUUCAUGAUUCAGACGUAUAUCCCCUGCAUAAUGACAGUAAUCCUCUCCCAAGUGUCCUUCUGGAUAAAUAAAGAAUCAGUUCCAGCGCGCACAGUCUUCGGCAUCACCACCGUCCUGACCAUGACGACACUCAGUAUCAGCGCUCGCCACUCUCUUCCCAAGGUCUCGUACGCCACUGCGAUGGACUGGUUCAUCGCUGUCUGCUUCGCCUUCGUCUUUUCUGCCCUCAUUGAGUUUGCCGCCGUUAAUUACUUCACCAACGCACAGAUUGAGCGGGCCAAAAAGAAGCCAGCCAAAUGUCCCCCUGUGCCCCAAACUACACCUGUCAAGGUCAAGGACGCAGAAGAAGUGCUGCAGCAAAAUCCUGACAGCAAUGGCAACCUGAGAAAACGUGUGAAUUAUAUAGAGCCGAGCAGUCACCAGAGAGCCCAGUCCACCACCAACAUUUCAGGAGUAGGAAGAGCAAGACCGCUGCGACCUUUAGUCACCGGAGCCAACGGCAGCUCCUCCACCCUCUCCCGCUCCAGCCCCAAGUCUGAGAGCCUGCUCAGCGUGGCCUCCUCCUCUGCACAGCUGGUGAAAAGCACGCCUCAGGCUGCAGCUUCCACGCCAGACGUGAUGGCGGCGACGCCAUGCAAGCAGAACACCAACUCCGCGUCUCUGCAGCAUCUGCUGGGUCCCAAGCUGGAGCGCAUCCAGAUGAUGGGAAACAAACUGGAGCUAAAGCAGACGCCGUGUUCCCAGCCCACCACUGCUGGUAUGGGUGGAACCAGCAAAAUUGACAAGUAUGCACGGAUCCUGUUUCCAGUGUCUUUCGGGGCAUUUAACAUGGUCUACUGGGUAGUUUACUUAUCAAAGGACACGAUGGUGGCUAAAGGUGGCUAG